UCUUACUGGAGGGGAUGUAAAAAUACCACAAUAAUGAGAAUGCUUAUCAAAAGCUUAAAAGUUUUACUACAUUAUUAUCAAAUUGUCGAUUGCACUCGAAAUUGAGCUGGCUUCAAUAGUUAUGCAGUGAAUCACGGUAAUGUGAAAAUGAAAAAAUGCCUUACAACAUUGUCAUUUUAUGUGAAGUUGAUUCAUGGUUAUGUUCAAGUUAUAAAUAUUUAAGGUUCAAAUUGAUGCAUAGUGCAUAUGCAAUUGAUAGACAUGACAUUUGAACCCGAAUUAUUAACAUGAUAUUUACAUAAAGUAUAUCGCGAGCUAUACUUGUUUAUACAUUGGAUUUUAUACGUGUUUAUUGCACAUAACAAACCUGAAAGCAGUCGAAACGAUGUUCACCAACAUAGACGAACGGAUAUUCAGACAAUCAAAAUUGGCCGUAGCAAGGAACCUUUUCGAUGUGGAAAUACCGCACAGGCUCGGCAAUUGCGAUCGCUUCAUCCCUACGAGAGCCAACAACAACUGGGAAACGAGCUUCGCUACGAUACCGGACCCCAACAAGAACGCCCAGAGCGGCAAGAAGGCGAGAGAAACGGGCGAAAACGCCAGAGACAGUUCGGUUUACAAUAUAUUAUUGAGAAACGAGAUACUCGGCGAGAACAUUGAAGACGUGAAAUCGCAGUGUGACGAAAGACAAGCUUUAACCCCUGUCAAAAGCAGGAAUUUAUUUAAAUAUGGUACACCCAAAAAGAUGGAAAAAACACCGACGAAGGCGUAUUCUAGUCCCUAUUCCCUAUCGCCUCUCAGCACCAGCAGCCAGAAAUUGCUUCGAUCUCCGCACAAAGCCACCCGCAAAAUAUCCCGGAUACCGUUCAAAGUCCUGGACGCGCCCGAACUUCAGGACGAUUUCUACCUGAAUUUGGUCGAUUGGUCCGUGCAGAAUGUCCUCAGCGUCGGUCUCGGCAGCUGCGUUUAUCUGUGGUCGGCUUGCACCAGCCAGGUAACGCGAUUAUGCGACCUGUCGAACGACAGCAACGUGGUGACGUCGGUGGCGUGGAGCGAAAGAGGCCACUUGGUCGCCGUGGGCACCCAUUUGGGCUACGUGACCGUAUGGGACGUGGCCGUUAACAAGCAAGUGAACAAACUGACGGGGCACACGGCGCGCGUGGGAGCAUUGGCUUGGAACGGGGACGUUUUGAGCUCCGGCAGCCGGGACAGAUUGAUCCUGCAAAGGGACACGAGGACGCCGCCGAACGUAACCGAACGUCGAUUGGUGGGACAUCGGCAGGAAGUGUGCGGAUUGAAAUGGUCGCCGGACAAUCAAUAUCUCGCGUCGGGCGGCAACGAUAAUCGAUUGUACGUGUGGAACAUGCAAUCGAUAUCGCCCGUGCAAACCUACACCGAUCAUUUGGCGGCCGUGAAGGCCAUCGCUUGGUCGCCGCACCAUCACGGAUUGCUCGCCUCCGGCGGCGGAACGGCCGAUAGAUGCAUCAGAUUUUGGAAUACGCUCACCGGGCAACCCAUGCAAUGCGUCGAUACAGGUUCGCAGGUGUGUAAUCUGGCUUGGUCGAAGCACAGCUCGGAGUUGGUGUCGACGCACGGUUACUCGCAGAAUCAGAUACUCGUGUGGAAGUAUCCGAGUUUGAUACAGGUGGCUAAGUUGACGGGGCACUCGUACAGGGUGUUGUAUUUGGCGCUGUCGCCGGACGGCGAGGCGAUCGUGACGGGCGCCGGGGACGAGACGCUGCGGUUUUGGAACGUGUUCAGCAAGGCGCGAUCGCAGAAGGAGACCAGAUCGGUGCUGAGUUUGUAUACGGGUAUCCGUUGAGAGGGCGGGUGUUUGGUUUUUGUAUGCGAGAAGAAAUUUGAUUAUUUAUGAAUAUAUUUAAUUUUUUUUUGGUUUCACUUCUGUGAAGUUGGAUUUAUUCGGCGUUCUUUUAUGAUGAGGCUAUAUAC